AUGUCAAUAAUAUUCUUCCUACUUGUUCUCGCUCCCUUCGGAUUGGCUCAAUUUGAAGAUCAUGUCGACCGUCAAAUUAUACUGACAGCUCAUGGAAUGAGCAUGGAUGACGAAGCCAACAGAGUUGUUAUGAAUUUAAGUAGUGAUCGCAUCCCACCUUUGCCAUGUCUUAUGGCUAAUGCUGGACGUCAUGAACAUGGAGAAACAUUCACAAAGGAUAAUUUCCACUAUGAAUGCCGGAACGGAACAGCUGAAGUUGUCGCUUGCAUUGCGGAUGAUCAAUCGGUCAUUCAAUUAGGACGCGUCUUUGAAAAGAAUGGACUUCGUCACAAAUGUACUAUUCUCGGAGAAACAGUAUCUUACGAACAAGAAUCAAUGUGUUACGAAAAUGGAAUCAGCUAUAACAUUGGUGAAUCUUUCCGUAAUGGUUCUUUCAAGUUAGUUUGUGGAAGAGAAGGAAUCUCUGUAGAAGGAUGUUAUAUGCAAAACACUUUUGACAAUUUCUUAAUGAGCGGUGAAACUCGUAUUGUUGGUCAACAUCGUCACGAAUGUCAACGUAUGAGCGAUGGACGAGUUAGAUAUACUGUCAAAGUUAUUGGUUGUACUCAUCAGAAUCAGCACUUUAAUAUUGGACAGAUCUGGACCGAAAGUCACAUCCGUUACAAGUGUCAAGAUGAUGGAACUUUGAAUGUUCUAGGAUGUGUGGAUGAUUUGAUGUAUGUAGACUUGGGACGUGACAUGCUGAUUAACGGUUUCGUACAUCGUUGCUAUCAAGUGGAUAACACCGCUUUCUAUCAUAAAUUCGCUUGUCCUGAUGGUAACAGUCUUCAAGACUGCAUAGCAGCCAAUCCAGCAAUGGCAAGAGCUCGUCGUCUUCGACGAGUCUAA